AUGAUGACUUCGGAGCGAAGAUCAGAGACAGCAUCGGAGGUGCAAGGAGAGGUAACUGAGAAAUUGAGCUGCCCCAUCUGCUUUCAAGCCUUUGGUAAGCUUGGCCCUUUGAAUGAUCAUUUGGAUAAGGACCACGGAUUUGGGGGACCUGAGGUUAAAGCUGGAGGGAACAGCAACGGGAGAGCAUCUAGGAAGCAGCACAAGCGAGAACGAGGCCCCAAGAGUCAUCACAGAGCCCUUGAAAUCGGAUUAUCGCAAUGCAACGAGUGCCAUCAGCGGCUUAAAAGGGGCGAGGAGGCCCAAAAUUGCAUGAAAUGUGGCGAACUCUUCUGCAAGAAGCACUGCCAGAAUGUAAUGAAACUGGACGGUAAGGGUCAAUAUGAGCCUACCCAGGGCAAAUGGCGGAUUUGCUGUUACAAGUGUUACAGUGAGAGACCAGGAUACAAUGACUAUGGGGCCGUUAAAGACCUUACAAAUUCUUUCCAAAAGCUGAGGAAUCUGAAAAGCGAGGAUAAGCAGCUUCAGAUACUUCACCUGGAGAAUAGACUGGUGAGACUCAUAGAUGGAAUAGCGUUUAUUCUGCGAUCUCACGAAGAGAGCCUUUGGGGAAAUCUUACAACGAAUAGCGAGGUCGCAAGGUAUGAACGAACGGUGACGUCGUGGCGACAAGACAAAGAAGCCUCGAACUGUUAUGUCUGUAAUCAGCCUUUUGGAAUAAUGCUUCGCAAACAUCACUGUCGACUCUGUGGUAACGUCGUUUGCGACAAUGAAACUGCUAAUUGUUCCAACAGGAUACCCAUAUCUAACCUGGUCAACGCUGCUGAUGACAUCCCGUUCACAGAGCCGAGAUCUGAUCUUCUGAAGCGUACUAUAUCGGUACGAAUUUGCUCUAGGUGUACUCACAGUCUUUACUUCGGCAGAAAGUUCAAGAAGGACCAAGCAAAACCGCUGUCUCCUCUGCUAUCCCAGUGCGAGAAGAUCCACAACGUCUCAAGAUCUAUAUUAAAUUUAUUAUCGCUUCUAACAGCGUCCUUGGAAGAAAUCGAACGACUGCGAAGCAGUGAACAAACACAGUAUCAAGCAAGCAUCGACGAGUCAGCCAGACUCAGAGCCAAACUAUUUCGAACCAUUGCAUCGUAUACUCAAUUGGCAAAAUCCAUAGCCACUCUGCUGCCUAGAAAUACGGCAGAAAGAAAGAUCCAGCAGUCAAUUCGAAUGGCUUCAUCAAUCUUCAUCAAUGAAAAACUGGUCCACAUGAAGUCUUUACCAGUCCCUUCCUCUGACGCCGACCAGCCCCAUCUGCAAGCUGAUCAAGUUGCCAAGCCCUUCAAACUUGUUUACAAUAACUUGAGCAUCAAAGAGGUAAAACGGUUCCGAGAAGAACUAAUGGUUCUCAAAGAGCAGAGAUUUCUUGUCGAGUCCAUGAUAGAAAACUGCAAGAAGCAAAGAAAUUUCGAUGAGAUCACAAUUUUAAGCUCCAACCUGCAAGAACUAGAUUCGAGGAUAGCCGCAAUCCAACUGGGCCUUGGUGACCAGGGUUUUGUCUAA